AUGGCGUCCGUGUUCCGUAGUGAGGAGAUGUGCCUGUCCCAGCUCUUCCUCCAGGUGGAGGCUGCAUACUGCUGUGUGGCUGAACUCGGGGAGCUGGACCUGGUGCAGUUCAGAGACCUGAACGCGAGCGUGAACAGCUUCCAGAGGAAGUUUGUGAAUGAAGUCAGAAGGUGUGAGUCUCUGGAGAGGAUCCUCCGUUUUCUGGAAGAUGAGAUGAAAAACGAGAUUCCGGUGAUUCAAGGGCCUGAGAAGUACCUCCCGACCCCUCUCCCUCGGGAGAUGAUCAGCUUGGAGACUGUUCUGGAAAAGUUGGAAAGGGAGUUACAGGAAGCCAACCACAACCAGCAAGAUUUGAAGAAAAGCUACCUACAGUUGACAGAGCUCAAACACCUCCUGAAGAAAACUCAGGACUUCUUUGAGACGGAGACCAACCUGGCUGAUGACUUCUUCGUGGAAGACACCUCAGGCCUCCUGGAGCUCCGCCCUUCACCUGCGUCCAUGUCUGGGAAGCUGGGGUUCACGGCCGGCGUGGUGGACCGGGAGCGGAUGUCUGCCUUCGAGAGGCUGCUGUGGCGCGUCUGCCGAGGGAACAUUUACCUGAGGUUCAGUGAGAUGGCCGUGCCCCUGGAGGACCCCACCACCAAAGAAAACGUUACGAAGAACAUCUUCAUCAUAUUUUACCAAGGCGAGCAGCUGAGGCAGAAGAUCAGGAAGAUCUGUGAAGGGUUUCACGCCACCAUCUACGCCUGCCCAGAGUCUGCGGCCGAGCGGAAGGACAUGCUGGCUGAAGUCAACGUGAGGCUGGAAGACCUGAACAUUGUGAUCACGCAGACGGAGUCCCAUCGCCAGCGCCUGCUGCAGGAGGUGGCCGCCAAAUGGCAGUCGUGGGCCAUCCAGGUGCAGAAGAUGAAGGCCGUCUACCACACCCUGAACCUGUGCAACAUCGACGUCACCCAGCAGUGUGUCAUUGCCGAGAUCUGGUUCCCGGUGGCAGACACGGCACGCAUCCAGAAGGCCUUGGAGCUGGGCAUGGAGCAGAGUGGCUCGGCCAUGGCCCCUAUCCUCACUGUGGUACAAUCUAAAACGGCACCUCCCACGUUUAACAGGACCAACAAGUUCACAGCCGGCUUCCAGAACAUUGUGGAUGCCUAUGGAGUGGGCACCUACCGGGAGAUAAACCCAGCUCCCUACACCAUCAUCACCUUCCCUUUCCUGUUCGCCGUGAUGUUCGGGGACUGUGGACACGGGGCGGUGAUGCUGCUGGCUGCGCUGUGGAUGGUCCUCAAUGAGAGGACCUUACUCGCCCAGAAGUCCAGCAAUGAGAUCUGGAACACCUUCUUCCACGGCCGCUAUCUGAUCCUGGUCAUGGGCGUCUUCUCCAUGUACACCGGCCUCAUCUACAACGACUGCUUCUCCAAGUCCCUCAACAUCUUCGGCUCCUCCUGGAGCGUCCGGCCCAUGUUCAGAAACGGCACAUGGACAGAUCACUUAGUGGAAACAAGUCCCUUCCUGCAGCUGGACCCAGCCGUGCCAGGAGUGUACUCUGGAAACCCGUACCCAUUCGGCAUCGAUCCGGUCUGGAACUUCGCUGCAAACAAGCUGACAUUCCUCAAUUCCUACAAGAUGAAGAUGUCGGUCAUCCUGGGGAUUGUCCAGAUGGUGUUCGGGGUGGUCCUCAGCCUCUUCAACCAUGUAUACUUCAGGAACACGCUCAGCAUCGCUGUGCAGUUCAUCCCCGAGAUGAUCUUCAUUCUGUGUCUCUUUGGAUACCUGGUCUUCAUGAUCAUCUUCAAGUGGUGCCACUUUGACGUCCAUGCAUCCCAGAGUGCCCCCAGCAUCCUCAUCCACUUCAUUAACAUGUUCCUGUUCAACUAUGAUGACCCUUCCAACAAGUCCCUGUACGCACACCAGCGGGAAGUGCAGAGCUUCCUGGUGGUCAUGGCGCUGGUGGCUGUGCCUUGGAUGCUUCUCAUCAAGCCCUUCAUCCUGAGAGCACGGCAUCGCAAAACCCAGCUGCAGGCUUCCAUGCUCCCAGGAGACUGUCCUGAAAGGAACGACGGACACAGCUCCAGCCACGCUGCCAGUUCUGGUCCGAAGGCUCCUGCUGGUGACCACGGAGCCCAGGAGGACCACGACGAGAAGUUCAACUUUGGCGAUGUCUUUGUGCACCAGGCCAUCCACACCAUCGAGUACUGCCUCGGCUGCAUUUCCAACACGGCUUCCUACCUGCGCCUCUGGGCCCUGAGCCUGGCCCACGCCCAACUCUCUGAGGUUCUCUGGACCAUGGUGAUGAACAUCGGUCUUCGCCAACGAGGCUGGGGAGGACUCAUUGGGGUCUUCAUCAUUUUUGCCAUCUUUGCUGUCCUGACGGUUGCCAUCCUCCUCAUCAUGGAGGGCCUCUCUGCUUUCCUGCACGCCCUGCGACUUCACUGGGUGGAGUUCCAGAACAAGUUCUAUGCUGGGGCAGGCUACAAGUUCACCCCCUUCUCCUUCAAACACAUCCUGGACGGCACAGCAGAGGAUUAG